AUGGAACCGGCCGGGUUUAAGACCGUGUGUCUGCAGGCCUGUCUGUGUUGUUUGUGUCUGUUACUUGGUGCGGAAGGCAGAGCUACAUCCCCCAGACCUCACAUUAUUCUCAUUGUGGCAGAUGAUUUGGGUUACAAUGAUGUCAGCUUUCAUGGCUCUGACCAGAUUCCAACACCCAACAUUGAUUUCUUGGGUUACAACGGAAUCAUUCUCAACAACUACUAUGUCAGCCCUAUUUGCACACCUACUCGUAGUGCCUUAAUGACAGGGAGACAUCCAAUACAUACGGGCAUGCAGUCUGGUGUGAUAGUUGGAGACCAGCCAUAUGGACUUCCCCUCAAUGAAACCAUUAUGCCUCAGCACCUGAAUGCACUCGGCUAUCAGUCACACAUUGUUGGCAAGUGGCAUCUGGGAAUGCUUAAGUGGGAAUACACACCCCUGUACAGAGGGUUCAAAUCCCACCUAGGCUAUUAUCAAGGCUGCGAGGACUAUUAUACUCACACGUACGAGGCUAAUUUGGAUCAAUGGGGUUUGGAUUUCCGCCGUGACAAAGAAAUAACGUGGAACUAUACCAACCAGUAUUCAACUGAGAUAUUCAAAAAUGAGGCUGUGAGGAUAAUCAACGAGCAUAAUAAAUCAGAGCCCCUGUUCCUGUAUCUACCAUUCCAGUCGGUGCAUAGUGGCAAUGGUGACGGUAUCAACCUGCAGGCACCACAGAGUUACAUCGACAGGUUUUCCUACAUUGAGAACCGGAAAAGACGAACUUAUGCAGCCAUGCUGUCUGCCCUAGAUGAUGCUGUCGGCGUGGUCUAUGACACUCUGGUCAACAACAGCAUGUUGAAUAACUCCAUCAUCGUGUUCACCACCGACAACGGCGGCCCGGCCAAUGGGUUUGAUUUUAAUGCUGCAAACAAUUAUCCCCUUCGAGGAGUUAAAGCAACAAUUUGGGAAGGUGGAGUACGGGGUGUCGGCCUCAUCCACAGCCCACUUUUGUCGAAACAAGGCUACGUGUCUGAACAGAUGUUCCAUGUCACCGACUGGCUGCCAACUCUGUACACAGCUGCAGGCGGAAAUGCAUCUUCUCUGGCAAAUCUGGAUGGAUUCAAUUCUUGGGAUAUGCUGAAUUCUAAUGGCAGUGCAGUUCGUACGGAGAUGCUUCAUAACAUUGAUCCAAUAGCUAAUGAAUCAGCGAUUAGAGUCGGAGACUACAAGCUCAUCGUUGGUAAUUUACAGUACCCUGGCUGGGCAGGGUGGUUUCCGCCGUAUCAGCUGAGCGGAGAUGAACAUCUUUUACACUACCUAAACUUCACUGAUCAGCUUUAUGAACCUAAAGGUAGAAUUGCUAAAAGACAACUUCUCCAAGAACAGUACCGCAGCUAUUGGCCACCAGAAGUUGUCGCUCGCACUGAAGAGCUUUAUUCAUUUUCUGAACAAAGUGGAUUAUACACUAACAGAUAUUCUAGUAAAGAAAAUGAGAGAAAAGUAAAAAAUAAUCAUCUAUCAUCAUUUAAAUCUGAGAGAAUUUUGACAUUUGAGACAGAGAAAAAUAUGCAGUCUAAGAGUGGCAGAAUCAGUGAAAGCCCAGUGAUUGUUCAGUGUGGUCCGAAACCAGCUAAUGCCAGUACAAAUUGUAACAGUACUGUGUCCCCAUGUUUGUAUCACAUUCCCAGUGACCCUUGCGAAUACAACAACAUAGCUCAACAGAAUCCAGAUGUGGUUACACGAAUAUUAAGUCGCCUCCAGUAUUAUACCAGCACGAUGGUUCCACCAGGUAAUCAACCGUUUGACGACAGAGGCAACCCUAAGUAUCAUCAAGGGGCUUGGAUGCCUUGGUUAUAG